UUCUUGAUUUCUUUUGUGGUUUGGAAACUGGGUUUUGGUGGAAUCGAACUAAAUCAUUUCUGGAAGUGUGUGAUCGAGGAAUUUGGGUGGAAUUGGCUGAACGAGAUCAUACGAUACUUUUGCGGAAAAGUUUAGCCUUUUCGAUUUGUUCGUGGACUAAGAGGAAUUCGUAUUGCAGAGAACUGAAUUGUUGAUUUUUUUUGGGAUUCGGAAACUGGGUUUUGGUGGAUGAAUAAGUCUUGCUUUGUUUGUGUGUGUGGUCGUGGAAUAAGUUCCUGUUGAAAUUUGGGUAUUAGUUCGUUCGUCAUUUUCUUUCUGGAAAGGCUUUUGUUGAUUUGAUGAGGUUGUAACUGAGUUGGGAUUGCUUUUGAUUCGGGGGUUAGGAGUUGGGAAGGGAAUUGAUAUCAUAAAGGCUUUUGUUUACAGGUUAUUGUGUAAGGCUUCUUGGUUUAUAUUGGAUUCGUUGAUGUAGCAUUGGACCUGUAUCUGAUGUUAGUCUCAUGGGAUCUACGUGGCUCUCGCGUCUGCGAAGUCUCUGGCCAUUUUCCUUGCAAAAGCUGGAUGAUUUGAAAGUAUCAGAUGAAUUGGUUUGUCGACUUUCUCUGCCUGAGCAGACGAAACAAUUUGUGUUUGCUAUUCGUGUGCCUGAAACGCAGUCUGUGAUUUAUAUCCUUGCCUCACAGAACUUAUCUGAAAGAUCAGCUGCGGAUGCAGAGUGUCUUAUUAAGGAAAUUCGGCCUGACGUUGUCAUUGUUCAGGUUCCUCCAUCUGCUCUACUUGAGAUUCAGGAUGAGGAAAGUAUUUUGAAGAACGAUUUGGAAAACACUGUACCCACUUCUGCCUUUGGGGUCCUCAAGGAUUGUUUUGUUAAUAAGACUAACAAAGAAAAGUAUGAAAAUCUGGCCAGUGGUGUGGUUCUGAGGGAGAUUUUUGGGAUUGGUUUUCAUGGACAUUUCUUGGCUGCCAAAAAGGCUGCAAAUGAGGUUGGAUCCUCUGUUUUAUUGCUGGAAUCUCCUCAUGUGAAUGGUUGUGGGGAAUCAACUGGUGAAGUGGAAGUUGGAAACAAGUUUCAAGCUCUAGCUCUGCAGCCCAGCAACUUGGUUCCUCAAAGAGCGGGUUCUUUGGUUUCCUCUAGUUCAAACAGAUUCCGUCUCACUGAUGAUCUUCAAUUACAGAUUCUGAAAUGCUUAGUUUCAGCUCCAUAUCUUUCAACCUCAGGUGCGGCCACCUCUAGUUCUGUUUCAGAGGCAAGGUUUGGUGAUUGUCAGCCCUUGUCCAAUUACCAGGCACCCACUUUUGCCCAAUCUAUUUAUUCAUUACUGACUGAUCUACAUGAUAUCUUCGCUGAUCUCCCAUUACUUGGGAGGGCUUUGGCUCAUGCACAAAAAAUGCUUUUUGAUGUGGAGCAAGGAAAAACUGUCGACAUGAAGCUUCUUUGUGAAAUUCACAACUUCCGAGUUGCAGUCGAGGGGUUGAGGAUUGGUCUUAACAGUUUUGGUCGGUGCCCCACUAAAAAGAUGGGGAACAAUAACAAAGAUCAAAUUGAGUUUGCAGAGCUUUCUGCAGAGGAGAAGUCUGAUGUUCUCUAUGCCCAAGCACUCCGAAGCCAGGCUAAGAAAUUUAGAUCUGUUGUGGCCAUAGUUGACGCAAAGAUGUUAGCUGGGCUUAGGCAACACUGGAAUACUUCUGUGCCUCAGGAUGUUGAGGAUUUAGUUGAACAGCUCUUUACAGAACAUGAAUGUGACGAGGAAAUGUCUACUGCUGGAAAUAUGGAAAGAAGGAGGCUACUAGCAGACAAACCAGUCGUGGCAGUUGGUGCCGGAGCAACAGCGGUUUUGGGAGCUUCAUCUCUCUCCAAAGUUGUCCCUGCCUCGACGUUUGUGAAGUUGGUUACCUACAAAGUGCCUGUCUCACUUAAACUCCUUUUAGCCCAGUCCCAGAAGGCAGUUGGAGUUGCUUUCGGCAAAACCGUUGGCUCAUCAAAAAUAGUACUCCCUGGAUUGGCAACUUCUGGGGCCAAGACCUCCUCUGCGAUGAAGGCAGCUGCCUCUGCAGAGAAAAUCCAUGCAGUGACCCACAGUCUUAUAGCAUCUGCUGAGCGAACCAGCUUUUCCGCGAUGAGGACUGCAUUCUAUGAAAUAAUGAGGAAGCGAAGAGUCCAACCAGUUCAGGCGAUGCCAUGGGCCACGUUUAUGUGUAGUGUUGCCACAUGCACUGGGUUGCUUAUGUAUGGAGAUGGGAUUGAAUUUGCUGUAGAGUCUCUUCCAGUGGCCCCAUCAAUUGCCAAUUUGGGUCGUGGACUCCAAAGUCUGCACCAGGCAUCUGAGGCAGUCAGGCAAUCAAAUAGCUCUAAGAUUCAGGAGGCCAUUCGUUCCUUGAUGUACAGCUCGACAAUAAGGAAACUUCAGUAAAGUUUUAGGAUUUGAGGAUGAA